AUGGCUCUUUGUGUUACUUGGUCAACAUAUUACAUGUACGAUUGUAUGAUAUCAGGAAACGAGGUUGGUGUCGUUAAGAUGAUGGACAAAGAUUGGGUGCAUUUGAAUAGAUGGACUGAUGAGUAUAUGAAAGCAGCAUCGAACUUUGUGGAGAUGGCUAAUCGAAAUGCAGGAAAUUUUGGAAAGAUUUUAUGUCCUUGUCAACAUUGUCGAAAUUUGAGUCACCAUUGUGUUACAGAUGUUUAUGAACACUUAGUCAUAAAUGGAAUGGAUUAUACGUACACAACUUGGUUUCAUCAUGGGAAGGAAGCAAGUGCUGCACAAAAACCUAAAGAAGUAGAAAUGUCAGAUGCAUAUAACUUAUACAGUGCAUCAUAUGCACGGGAUACAGAGCAUCAUGAACCUCUUGAUGAACCUAGAGAAGAGAGCUUCGCAAAAGCAUUAGAAGAUGCAGAAAUUCCAUUGUACUCCGGUUGUGAAAAAUAUACAAAGUUGUCAGCAAUAGUAACUUUGUACAAGAUCAAAGCCGAGAAUGGAUGGACGGAUGAGAGUUUCACUACACUUUUGGAAAAACUUCACGAUAUGUUCCCCAUGGCUGCAAUGCUACGCACUGUUCGUGAAGUUAGAAAGUUCCUUAAAUCAUUUGAAUUGGGUUAUGAGAAAAUUCAUGCUUGUGUGAAGGAUUGUUGCUUAUUCUGGAAAGAGAACGCAGAAUUGGAAAACUGUCCAAAAUGUGGUAAUUCAAGAUGGAAGGUAGAUGUGCGCACAAAGAAAAUUAGAAAAGGGGUUCUUGCCAAAGUUUUAAGAUAUAUGCCUAUAAUUCCAAGGUUUCGAAACAUGUAUAGGUCAUUGGAAGUAGCUAGAGAUUUGACAUGGCACUCUACUCAUAGAAGCAGUGAUGGCAAGAUGCGACACCCAGUAGAUUCCCCCACUUGGAAAACAAUCGAUGAUAAGUGGCCAUCUUUCUCAGCAGACCCACGUAACCUAAGACUUGGUCUUGCUACUGAUGGUUUCAAUCCAUUUCGGAACUUGAGUUCAACUUAUAGUUGCUGGCCCGUUAUGUUGGUUAUGUACAACUUGCCACCUUGGUUGUGGAUGAAAAGGGAAAAUGUUUUGUUGGCACUAUUGAUACUAGCACCUAAGCAACCGGGUAAUGAUAUUGAUGUAUAUCUACAACCUCUUAUCGAAGACCUAAAAAUUUUGUGGACCAUAGGAGUAUCUGUUUAUGACAAGCUCACUAACUCCAAAUUCAAUUUGAGGGCAAUUUUAAUGUGGACAAUGCAUGAUUUUCCCGCAUAUGGAAAUAUUGCCGGGUGUAUGACGAAGGGUAAAUUUGCAUGUCCUAUAUGUGGAGAAAAUACACAUUCUCUAUGGUUGAAAUUCAGUAGGAAGACCGUAUAUAUGUGCCAUAGGUGCUUUCUUCCACCAUCUCACCCCUUUCGGAAGAAAAAAUCAUGGUUCGAUGGAAAGGAAGAAAAGGGAAAAAAACCAAAAAUCAUGACUGGCAAAAACAUUUUGCAUGCUCUGAAAGAUUUUAAGAAUGAUUGGGGGAAAGGUGGAAAUGGAAAAGAAGGAAGCAAAAAACGAAAGCGAGACAAUGAAGAUAAACAAAUGUGGAAAAAGAGGUCAAUAUUGUUUGAUUUAUCAUAUUGGGAGGAAUUGCCAGUACGUCAAAAUUUAGAUGUCAUGCAUAUCAUUAAAAAUAUUGUUGAGAGCAUUAUUGGCACGUUAUUGGGUAUCGAUGGAAAAUCCAAGGAUGGUUUAAAUGCUUGCAAAGACAUGCAACAUUUGGAAAUAAGGCACGACUUGCAUCCAGAAGAUCGUGGGUCUAGGACAUAUCUUCCUCCAGCUUCCUAUACACUUUCAAAAGAUGAGAAAGAAAUAUUUUGCAAGAGGUUAUUUGACUUAAAAGUGCCUGAUGGGUAUAGUUCAAAUAUUGGGAAUUGCGUAUCAAUGGACGAUUUGAAAGUCACAGGUCUCAAAUCUCAUGAUUGCCAUGUGCUAAUGCUUCAGUUGUUACCUGUAGCCUUAAAGGGGUUACUACCAACGGGACCGAGAAAUGCGAUACUUCGCCUUUGCGCAUUUUUCAAUAGAUUGUGUCAAAGAGUAGUUGAUGGAGAAGAAAUGGCAUCCCUUGAGGAUGAGGUGGUUGAAACCUUGUGCAUGCUUGAGAGGUUCUUUCCACCUUCGUUCUUUGAUAUCAUGGUUCACUUAACAAUUCACUUAGGACGAGAAGUACGACUAUGCGGGCCAGUCCAUUAUCGUUGGAUGUACCUUUUUGAGAGACAUAUGAAGAUAUUCAAAGGAAAUGUUGGAAAUCAUGCACGACCUGAAGGUUGUAUAGCAGAACGCCACCUCGUAGAAGAGUGCAUGACGUUUUGCAGUCGGCACAUGAAGAAAUCUGUUGAAACAAACCAUAGGAGACGUCGCAAUCAAGAUUUUGAGAAUGAUGUAAUUCUCGAAGGUCGUCCAAUAUCAGCUGCCACAUCCAUCACAUUGACUGAUGAAGUUUUAGAAAGUGCACAUCGUUAUGUGUUAUUCAAUACAGCCAUAGUGGAACCUUAUUUAAAGUAA